CUUUAGGCCAACUGCAGCGCAUUGAAUUGGGCCACUAGCUUGUCGAUUCCGACGCCCCCAAGGCCUUCCUCUCUCUCACCAGCCAUCGUCAUCGCCACCACCACUUGGCCUCCCUCCUCCGGCCACCACCACCGGCGACAAGGACGGCGACGAUGCAGGCGGCGGCGUGGAGGCGUCACCUCCUCGACCACCACCUCUCCCCCACCACCUCGGCUGCCAUUGCAGCCAUAAGAUCCGCCUCCCAGCCCGGGCUCACUCCACAAGGGUUGUGUGGAGCGGAUGGCGCGAGGUACAUGUCGUCCGCGAGGGCGCCGGCGGUCGAGGGGUCGGGGCAUCUCGUCCGCAAGGGCACCGGAGGGAGGUCGUCUGUAAGUGGAAUUGUUGCUACGGUGUUUGGAGCUACUGGGUUUCUUGGACGUUAUCUUGUGCAACAACUUGCAAAGAUGGGAACUCAAGUGCUUGUCCCGUUCAGAGGUUCUGAGGAUUGUCACCGCCACCUAAAGGUGAUGGGUGACUUGGGUCAGAUUGUGUCAAUGAAAUACCAUCCAAGAGAUGUGGAUUCAAUUAAGGCUGUCAUGGCCAAGUCAAAUGUGGUUGUUAACCUCAUAGGAAGGGAGUAUGAAACAAGGAACUACGGCUUCGAAGAAGUAAACCAUCAUAUGGCUGAACAACUUGCAAUGAUUGCUAAGGAGCACGGGGGUAUCAUGAGAUUUAUCCAGGUUUCUUGCCUAGGGGCAUCACCCUCUUCUGAAUCUAGAAUGUUGAGGGCAAAAGCUGCAGGAGAGGAAUCAGUCUUGAAAGAAUUUCCUGAGGCUACAAUCAUGAGGCCCGCAACCAUUAUUGGCACAGAAGAUCGAAUUUUGAACAGAUGGGCACAAUUUGCAAAGAAUUGGGGUUUCCUCCCACUUGUUGGUGGUGGAUCUACAAAGAUUCAGCCUGUUUAUGUUACAGAUGUUGCUGCUGCUAUUGUUAACUCCCUAAAGGAUGACGGCACAAGCAUGGGAAAGACAUAUGAGCUUGGUGGACCAGAAAUUUACACUGUACAUGAGCUGGCUGAGCUGAUGUAUGAGACAAUCCGUGAAUGGCCACGAUAUGUCAAUGUCCCACUUCCUAUUGCAGCGGCUAUUGCUUCUCCGAGGGAAAUGUUGCUAAACAAAGUGCCUUUUCCUCUGCCAACCCCUUCCAUUUUCAAUCUAGAUCAGAUCAAUGCAUUCUCUGCGGACAGCAUCGUGUCUGAAGAUGCUCUCACUUUCGAAGACCUCGAAAUCAUGCCUCAGAAGCUGAAGGGGUACCCUGUUGAGUAUCUCACCUGCUACCGAAAGGGUGGGCCGUCUUUUGGUUCUACUGUGAGCGAGAAGAUGGGAAGCUUCGAGGUGUAGGCUCCUCCCAUUCCUGAAGACAUUGUAGAUUUAGUAGAUUUAAUCGUUUAGUUGCAGAUACAUUGUUGUGUUUGUUAUCUGGCCAUCUGCCGCCGCAGCUGCUUUGCCAGCUGCCUCACAGUGGGCAGGACCAAAUUCCAUGUAUGGCUCCUGCUCCUUGUUUACAUCAAUAAGAAGAACGCUCAGAUUUUUUUUUUUGUCUAAUUUUGAGAUGAGAUGAAAGUGAAGCGAAUCAUUUCAAUCAUGAUGAUACUAUUGUGCGUGACUUCAGAGCAUAAUAUAAUCCUUGGUUCUGUGAA